CCCCCGCGGCCGGACGCCCCCGCGCUGCUGCCCGCCAUGGCGGAGUGGGCCCCCGCCCAGCUGCAGGAAUGGAACGUGGAGGCUCAGCACCUGAUGCCCCUGCAGCCUCCCCUGGUCCCUGAGCUGAGCCACAUGAGAGAAGCCCAACUGCACACUGCCGAGGCCUCGCUCUGGAGUGUUGUGGCCACAGUGCAGGCCAUGGAGCGGAAGAUUGACCUGCUGGCCACGCGGUUGCUCAGCUUGGAGGGGCGAUCUGGGACAGCCGAGAAGAAGCUCUUGGACUGCGAGAAGACAGCCAUGGAGUUCGGCAACCAGCUGGAGAGCAAGUGGGCCGUCCUGGGGACCCUCAUCCAGGAGUACGGCCUGCUGCAGCGGCGGCUGGAGAACGUGGAGAACCUGCUCAAGAACCGGAACUUCUGGGUCCUGAGACUCCCCCCGGGGGCCAAGGGAGAAAUCCCCAAGAUGCCGGUGACCUUUGUGGACAUCGCGGUCUAUUUCUCUGCCGAAGAGUGGAAGAACUUGGCUGAGUGGCAGAAAGACCUGUACAAUAAUCUUGUGAAGGAGAACUACGAAUCUUUGCUGACACUCGGAGCCGACGUCAGCGUUUCCAAGCCAGAGAUGCACCCCAGGGCCGAGCGGGGAGGAGCCGAAUCCUGCAUCCCCGAGCAGCAGAGCGCAAAGGAGCGUGUAAUGAUCGCCGAGCCUUGCUCAGGGCCCUUGGUGUCCACGCCCGACAUCCUGACCCGCAUCAAGCAAGAGGGCUCGUUUGCAGGAGGGGGGCAGUUCUCCGAGGACCGAGGCCUUGUGGCAGAUCCGUGUGCAGGUGCUCAGGCCCUCAUGUCCGCCCACGACUUUCUAUCCUGGAUUAAACAAGAGGAGGAGCCGUGUGUCCGGGAACAGUGGGACUCGGAGAGGGGGACCCUCCCCGUGCCCAGUGGCCCAGCCGGAGACGGGAUGGCCGUCAAAGCGGAGCAGCCGCGCCUGUGCCCAGAAGAGCCGGUGAGACCCCGGGAGACGCUGUUCCAGGAAGAGUCCCCCGCGGCAGCCGCCGUCGCCGCCCCCCUGGCAGUGGAAGGCUACGGGGCACAACACGGGCCGGCCCCCCAGCCCCUCGGCGCCAAGUGCAGGGCGGGCAAGUCUCCAGAACCGGAAGGCGAGCUGCAGAGCCUCCUGGCCCCUCCGCAGGGCCCGGCCGACCGGCCCCACGGCUGCAGCGAGUGCGGCAAGGUGUUUGGGGUGAAAAAGAGCCUGAAGGUGCACCAGCGCAGCCACCACGGCCAGGCCCGGCCCUACGAGUGCGCCGAGUGCCGGAAGAGUUUCAACUGCCACUCGGGGCUGGUGCGGCACCAGAUGACCCACCGGGGGGAGCGGCCCUACAAGUGCGGGGAGUGCGGCAAGUGCUACAGCCGCAAGGAGCACCUGCAGAACCACCAGCGCCUGCACACGGGCGAGCGCCCAUUCCAGUGCCCCGUCUGUGGCAAGCGCUUCAUCCGCAAGCAGAACCUGCUGAAGCACCAGCGCAUUCACACGGGCGAGCGCCCCUACCAGUGCGCCGAGUGCGGGCGCAGCUUCCGCUACAAGGAGUCGCUCAGGGACCACCUGCGGACCCACGGAGGCGAGGCCUCGGCCCCGCGGCUCCUGCCCGGUUUGGGGGGCGACGCGCUCCCCUAGCGCCCCUCGGCAGUGGGGAAGAGCUCGGCAGCUGGGCCCACCCGUCGCACCUCCGGCCAAGCCCCGGCCCCCCUCCGAGCCCCACGCCUGGAAUUGUGCCCGAUGGGGAAGAACAGCCGGACGGGCAGGGGCCAGAGGAGAUGGACUCGUUCUGAGCCAGGGGCCGUUGGCUGCUUCUGGAAAGCGCCACCGCGAUGGGAACAGGUGGCGUGCCCCGUCCCGGCUCCCCGCUUUUUGGCUGAGGUUGCGCAAGGUGAAGAAUCUCCCCGCUCUGGUCGAGAAGGGUCCCGGCCCUUUGGGGGAAUUGAGAACAGGGUGGGAACAGGAGGUCUGAAAAGACCCCAACCCCCCUUAUUCACUCACCCCGUCCCGGAGCGUCUGUGGGCACACGUGUGUGGGCAGGACGUUGUUCUGCAUCGUGCCGUCACUGCACACGUGACGCUGAUGCAAAGCGGCAUAAUCUUGUUGGUGCUCAAUGACGUUGGGAUGCGCGUCACUUGCAUGUCCUUGGGGCUUCUGACAGACGCCAUUGGCUCCACAUUUAUACCUUUCCCAUCGGUUUCUGAUGGAAGAACCCCCAAUUUGGGCAGGCUACAGGUAGUCCUCGCUUAACCAUUUGUUUAGUGAUGGUUCAGGCUUUCAACGCUGCUGGAAAACACGACUCGUGACCGGUCCUCACACUUAACGACUGUUGCAGCAUCCCAUGGUCACAUGAUCACAAUUUGGGUGCUGGCAACUGUUCUGCAUUUCUGACCAUUGCAGUGUCCUGUGGUCACAUGAUUGCAAUUUGGGCGCUUGGCAACCAGUUUGUAUUUAUGACCGUCUCAGGGUCCCGUGGUCCUGCGAUUGCCAUUUUUGACCUUCUGGCCAGCUUCGGGCAAGCAAAAUCAACGGUGAACCGCAUGAUUCGCUUAAUGACAGUGUGGUUCGCUUCAUGCCCAUGGUGAUUUGCUUAAUGACCACCACAAAAGGUUGUAAGAUUGGGUUGGAUUCGUUUAAUGACUGCUUCCCUGAGCAAGCAAAAUUCCAGUCCCAUUGUGGUCGUUAAGCGAGGACUACCUGUAUGCCUCAAAAGCUGUGGGAAAACCACCCUCCAAAUGAUCCCUUACUAAAAAAAACUCCUUUUGCAGAUGUAUGGAUGAAAGCAUUACCUUUCCCGUCUUGCCACGGCAACCAGUUUUCGUUGCUCAGCUCACACUCUGCGGGACUCGAUGUUUGAACCACCAGCCACUUGCUUUCUAGUUCCCUCUCGGCUUCCUUUUCUGGUUUCAGUUUUACUGCGAGCCCAUUUUCCUGCCCUCGAAGCCAACCCCGAGCGCCUGACCCGUUGCAGCUAUACCGAUUCGUUCUCGCCUUCCUUGGCUCCCUCCUAUGCUGCUGCUAUGAUUUUACAACUCCUUUUAUCUCAUGCAAACGUGGUCCAGCUUGGUUUUUUUAAAAGGACAAUAUACUAAGCACACACACGCAUUCUUUUCAGGAUGUAGUUUUGUAUCCAAGGUGCAGUGCAAAUAAAGGCAAGUUACAGAGAA